CGCAGCCCAAAGCCCUAAUAAUCUACAUAUACAAAAUUUUGUAUAAUAUAAUCCAAUCUGUCCAGCCCACUCGUAAUUUAGGGUUUUGCUGCCUCAUCUUCAUCAACCCUCAUCAAGAUGACCAAGAGAACAAAGAAGGCGGGGAUUGUUGGAAAAUACGGCACCCGUUAUGGUGCCAGUUUACGUAAGCAGAUUAAAAAGAUGGAGGUUUCACAGCACAGCAGAUAUUUCUGUGAAUUUUGCGGAAAGUAUGCUGUGAAGAGGAAGGCUGUGGGCAUCUGGGGAUGCAAAGAUUGUGGCAAAGUCAAAGCAGGCGGUGCUUAUACAUUAAACACCGCUGCUGCAGUGACAGUUAGGAGCACUAUACGGAGGCUGAGGGAGCAGACCGAGAGUUAGAUCUUAUUGAUCAUUUUGGAGCACACAGAUGCUAGUUCUCCAUAAAAUUACUGUUUCUUUUUCUUCCCUGAAUUUAAUAUAUCAUGUUAAUGACAAAAAAGAUUUUGUGGUACUAUGCACCAAUUUUGUGGUUUGGAUAAUGCACAACAUUUGUAUUUUGCUUUUGGGUAUGCAUAUCAUAUGCGGAUUUAUGUGA